GUUUCGCGGCCUCAUCGUCCUUGCCUCGUGCUUGCGUGGACCUGGUCUCUGCGACGAUGCACUCCCUGCUGUCCUACGUGACGUUCGCCCUUUUGACGUGGAGCGCAACCGCUCAAAACACCACUACUGUCGUUGACAGCAGUACCGUCGCGGUGUCGACCACGACUGCUGUUUCGGAGUCGUCAACUCUGGACGCGUCGACCACCACUGGCACGUCUACUUUCGCGGUCUCAUCCUCGUCCGCGACCAACCCCUUGCAGACGCCCGGUUUCGUGAACAAUGGUACCGUAGGCGCGUACGCAUGCGCUAUUUCCGAUGCGACCGCUGCCACCAACCAAAUUGUGCUCGCGGAUAACUCCACCAAUGAUGCUAUCACCUUCGGUGGUACCCUUACUGGCACUACCCUGGCGAGUUGCCCCGAGGCACUCCAACCUACCUACCCGUUCAAUUCCAUCAACCUGCGCUCGCCUGACGAUUCUAUCCGUGCGACGUUCCUCCCAUACGGUGCUUCCGUCUCGGAGUUAUGGGUGAAAGAUAGGGAUGGCGUAUUCCGUGACAUCGUCCUUGGCUUUGAUAACAAGACGAACUAUGGCACUGACGUCGUCCACCCCAACUUCGGUCCUCAGGUCGGACGCUACGCUAACCGUAUCAAGAACGGCACGUUCACCAUUGAUGGCAAGAUCUACCACACGCCUCUCAACGAAAACAAUCACGACACGCUCCACGGCGGUACCGUCGGCUACGACCGCUCCGCCUACCAGAUCACGAACCUAACUAGCUCAUCCGUCACGUUCACCCUCCAUGAUGCGGACGGUAACCAGGGUUUCCCUGGCUCUGUCGUCUCGAGCGCGACAUACAUCCUCGAGAACAAUGCCACUUGGCGCAUCGAGAUGGACUCGUACGUGACUGACAACAAGAAGUCGCCCAUCAUGCUUUCCUCCCACACUUACUGGAACCUCGCGGCGUAUAACGGCUCAGACACCGUCCUCGACCACAUCGUGUACAUGCCGCGCGCGGACAAGUACAUCAAGACCGACCAGUUCCUCAUCCCCACGGGCGAGAUCGCCUCUGUCAAGGAUACCCCCUUCGACUUCCAGACCCCGCGCCCCUUCAGCGAGCGGUUCAACGAGACCGUCGGCGUCUGCGGCGCGACAUGCCAGGGGUGGGACUCGUGCUUCGUCAUGUCCAAGCACAAGCGCGACGAGCCAGUCUUCGAGCUCACCUCGCCCGCAUCCGGCAUCAAGCUGUCCGUAACGACGGACCAGGUCGCGAUCCAGGUUUACACGUGCGACGGGAUCUCCAGCGCGGGGAAGAGCCUACCGCGCAAGCGCGCUCAUGGAGGUGAUGGGACGACGAACCCGGGCAAGUUCUACGACAACCACUCGUGCGUCGUCGUCGAGAUGGAGGACUACAUCGACGGGAUCAACAACCCGCAUUGGGGGCGGAACCAGAUCUACGACAAGCACCGGCCGUAUCACUGGCGCGCCGAGUACAAGUUCUCCACCGUUGCUUGA